UAACUUACAAACCAAAUAACUUAUAACAACAAUUUUUAAAAAUGUUUGAAAAUAAUAGUGAUUUAGUAAAUGUUAUCAAUUUUACCGAUAUAUCUGAUACAUCGCUAAUUAAUUCUCCGACAAAAUUAUUGAUAAAACAAAUACACGAUGUGUUGAUUGUUUUCCUAUUAAUUAUCAUAAUGUUUGCCAUGGGAUGUACAGUCACUUUGAAACAGAUUGUUAAACAUUUGAUGAAACCCUUACCACUGUUUGCGGGUCUGGUCUCACAGUUUAUAAUUUAUCCAUUGAUUGCAUUUUUAUUAAUCAAAUUUUUAUCUAUUGAACCACUAUAUGCAACCGGAUUACUUAUUUUGGCCACAUGUCCAGGUGGAGUUUUAUCAAAUGUGUUCACAUAUUUCUGGGAAGGAGACAUACCAUUGAGUAUUACAAUGACAACUAUGGCCACAAUUGUUGGUUUAGUUGCGAUGCCGUUAAACAUAUGGCUUUACGGCCAAAGUCUAGAGACAGAGUCACUGGUUAUACCCUAUAAGCAAAUGUCACUAACAUUGCUAUUCAUUACAAUACCUGUCCUCAUAGGUAUUGCUGUUAAUUAUAAAUUUCCCAAAGCAUCUCCACUUAUAACAAAAAUUGGAUCGAUAGCUGGUUUUGCAGUUAUCAUUGUUUGCCAUACACUCGAAGUUAUUAUAUUUCCCAAUAUAUUUAAAAAUAUUCCUCUGGAAGUGCUCGUCACCGAUGCCUUACUACCGAUAAUCGGUCUCUCAGUUGGCUAUUUAACGGCAAGUCUAUUGUGUUUGAGCUAUAAAAUCAAGAAAACUAUAGCUAUAGAGAUUGGUAUCAAAAAUUUGGGAACAGCUCUCACUAUAAUUACACUGUCUUUUCCAUUAAAAUAUUUGCAAAAAACAAUUUUGUUUCCCAUUCUCUACACGUUUUUCACAUUUGCGACACUCAUUACAUUUACUAUAGUAAUAAAAAUUGGCGAAAAAUACUAUCAAAAAUCAUCAAAUAAUAGGAUUAUAAACAAUAAUGAAUCAAAAAGAUUAUCGGCAGCUAAAUGUUUGCUUCAAAGAGAUAUCACCUCAAUAUCAUUUAUAAAAGAAGAUAAUUAAUUUAAUAAUUUUUUUGUUGUUGUUGCAAACAAUAAUAAUAAUAAUAAUA